AUGGAAUCUCCAGAACAUGAACUUAAAACUUUUCCAAGUCGAACAUCUAUUAGACAAAGCAUUGCUAUAAGACGAUUAACAAGAAUUGAGUCCGCACGAUUGACAAUUUCAGAAUCAUCUUUGUUAGAAAAAAGACUAUGUGAAAUAUUUGAUGUAUUUGAUACUGCGAAUACCAAUGAAAUAGACGUUACAGACUUGGGAACGAUUAUUAGGGCAUUAGGAUGUGUUAUUACUGAAGCAGAAUUGCAAGAAAUACAAGUUGAAGUGGAAGAUGUAGUAAAUAAUUGUGUUCCAUUAAAUAAGUUCCUUGAAUAUAUGUGUAAAGCUAUUAAUGAACGCAGAUUUAAACCAGCAGAACCAGAAGAUUUAUUAAAAGCAUUCCAAUUAUUAGAUCCUGAAAAACGAGGAUAUAUUAUGCGUAAAGAUUUAGAAAAAGUAAUGAUGGAAGUCGGAGAACCAUUUACAAAAGAAGAAAUAAAUAACAUGAUGGUUAUUGCAUGCGAUCCAGAAACAAGAAGAAUUAAUUAUGAACAUUAUAUUAACUUACUGCUUGUAAAAAUACCUGAUAAAAUUAAUGUAUAUUCUAUUGUUGAUGCAAUGGAUGCUGCUAAAUUAAAAGCCAUGCCUAAAAAGCGUAGAUUAGAAAGCCUUCUAUUAAGUUAUCAGACACCUGUUUAA